AUGAAAUAUCACUUUACAGUCCCAAAAUCUGUAGUCCCAAAGUCACCAAAUUUUCAUAUCAUCCUUUCAACCAGUAACUCAGAAAUUAGCAACUACGUUGCUGAAGAGCAGCACAACAAGGUAGACCCAUUGUUCGAGCAAAUUUUCCGAGGACCCAUCGAAAAGAGAAACGACGCAACCGAUACCAAACAGAGCCUUGAGAAAGAUGCCCAACCCUAUCAGGAUGCCGACAAACACGUCCGAGUGAAACGAGAGAAUUCUGUGAAGAAGAAUAACCAAAAGACCUUGAACGAAGAGAAACGAUCGUUGAAAUCCAACAAGGCAUCGUCAAGAUCGAUGCGAUCUUCCAGAGACCUUCCAAAGCUUCCAGACAAAAGAUCCACCGACUACGACGCUUCUGCUGAUCAGGAUGCAUCUGAAUACGCUGAAGAAGCUGAAGAGGAACCUGCAGCAAGUUCGAAGAGCAAAGAAACUGGGUACAAAAGUCGUCAGUUCCACGUUGGCGAGGAUUCAGACAGAUUCAUCGAUCAAGAAGAACGAUCCAGUUUGUACGACGAUUUUGAACCGAAGGAUAUAGCGAAGAGAGGCAUCUCUGGAGCAGAAGACUACGAAGAAAUCGACGAAGAGUCUCUCGAACCCGAAGAAGACGCAGCGAUUGAUGAACAAGAAUCUUUGGACGACGAAGGUGAUAAAAAGAAGGUCCAUGGUGACACCAGAGUGAAGAGGGAGCAUGAUGGCACCAAGGAAGGAGAAGUUCCUCAGGUUCCAGCGAAAUCUGAGGACGUUGCGAGUGCAAGUGAUUCUUCCAGUGAUGCAACCAAUCCAGACGCCUCCCGGAAGAGAGACGUCGUUCCUGAAGGAUCAGACAAAGCGUUGGACAGUCAGUCGAGCAAAGCGGAUUCGAAUGGACAGGAACAUUCAAAGAGAAACGCUGCUGAGAAACAGGAGGAGUCCAAAGUGAAUCCUGAUCGAGAAGCUGCUGUCUCUAAGCAGUCGUCAGCAAUUACCGAUCAGACUGAGAUCAAGAACGAUGAAAAUUCGAAAACUUUGAACCAGGAGACCCCGGAGGCUGCUGCAGAGAAGAAGACAGAGGAGGAUGUCAAUUUGUCAGCUGACAAAGCGACCAACCGUUUGGCUAGCGAGUCUUCAGGGCUCAAAGGGUCUGUCAAAGUGGAAGAGUCAAAGGUUGCUGAUGUAUCGAGCCCAGAAGCAACGAAGGUUGACAGUGCUGCAGAGACGUCCGCGUCUAAGGACGUUGCUAAGCUAGAUUCCUCGAAGAAUACCGAAGGGAUACCUCAAGAUCUCGAUGGUGAUUAUGAGAAAAGAGUUGAAGAGCAGAUUCAGAGAAAAAUUGACUCGAUAAAAGAGGAGAUUAAGAGGGAGAUUGCAGAGAAACAGCGUAUCAGGGAGAUCGAGGAGAAUAAUGCGAAGUUUGAUGAAUUGCACGAGCUCGAAGACGAUGACGAAGAGCAAAGUGCUGAGUCGGAACCAUCUGAAAAACGGGAAAAUCUAGCCAAGAGGUCCACGAAGAAUUCUGGGAAGUCUAGAGCGCGUGAGAUUGCUGAUAAACGAUCGACAAGGCGAAAGAAGAGACAGAACGAUGGUCAGGAUAAGAUCCAAAAUGUAGAAUCGGAUUCGAGCAAAAAAACUGUUCGGGAGACGGCUAAGAAACGACCCUCCCGAUCACAACUCACUCCCAUUUUAAGAGAAACAGCCGUACAGAAACGGGAUAAUCCUAGAGAGGUGAUCUUGGUGAGGAGCGAGCGAAAUACGGGAAAGAAAAGGAGAAGAAGGAGAUCUAAGAGUUCUAUGAUGCUCCCUGAACAGCGUAACGUUAAAAUAGAGGAUAAUUUGCCGGCAGACGUUAUGUUGGAUUCUAAUUUACGAGAUGCUGACGAUGCAAAGGUGAACAAAGAUGAGAAGGCAAUAGCAGAACAGGAUUCUUUAUCGGAGAAGAAAUCCGGUUCGGUUGCUUCGUUGACAGGAAGCGGAGAGGAACUCGGUCCGUUGGCAACAGAAUAUGGAGAGGCGUUUGGUGGCUCGCGUGGAGAACCUGGCGUGGCUCUGGCACGAUUUAAAAGGAUCAAACGAGUCCUUCGACCUCAGUCAUCAAAGACUCAUUAACAUGAAAGAAUGAUUUUUACUACCACAGCAAGCAAUCUCGAUAAGCAAUAGAUACAGUUUGUCAAAGUCUCCGUAUUCUUUGUUAAAUCGUACCUUUAGCACUGUAUAAUUUCGACAGGGAAGAUAAGAAUAUAGAUAAUAAUAAUAACAUAGAUACACCAUUAUCUUUUACAAAAGAUGUAGUAUUAUUAAAAUUAAAUAUCUUACUCUUAAGACCUCUUUGAGUAGUCGUAGUUCCACCGGAAGUAGACCCAACUGACGCCUUCUUGUAAUACCUAACUUAAAGUAAGUAAAGAAAUGAGAUAAAUCACUUGAAGAAAUAGA